GACCUUCCGCUGAAGCAAAUGCAGAACAUCUUGUUAAGCGUUUCCCUGACACCGUUGCUCACCGUUUUAAGCCAUGUAUUAUUUAUGCUACUUGCUUUAUAUACAGGUAUUAUAACACCUGAUACAAUAUCAUUUCUAUCUGAUGAAUAUCAAAAACGAACAAAUUUAAAUACACAUGCAGCAACACGACAAGUUAAUCGAGAACGAACAAGUAUUCGUGUUUGA